GCGAGAGAAACCCGAGACUGAAGUCAGAGGAGGUAGUAGACGAGCUCAAACAUGGCCUCGAAGUUUUACGGUCUCACUGCUAAACUUUUAUCAGGAGAAAUGUUUAAUUUCUCCUCUCUGAAGGGGAAGGUUGUCCUUAUUGAGAAUGUUGCAUCUCUCUGAGGUACGACCCACAGGGAUUACACCCAGAUGAAUGAGCUCCAUGAGCGUUAUGCCAACAAGGGGCUUGUGAUCCUGGGAGUUCCCUGUAACCAGUUCGGCCAUCAGGAAAACUGCAAGAAUGAAGAAAUCCUGCUGUCUUUGAAGCACGUCCGUCCUGGCAAGGGCUUUGAGCCAAAGUUCCACCUCCUUGAGAAGGUGGACGUGAAUGGGAAGGAGGCCCACCCCUUGUUUGUGCUCCUGAAAGAUCAACUCCCAUUUCCCAGCGAUGACCCUUCAUCCCUGAUGACCGACCCCAAGUUCAUCAUGUGGAGCCCAGUGAGCAGAACCGACGUGGCCUGGAACUUUGAGAAGUUCCUCAUAGGGCCAGACGGAGUGCCUUUCAAACGCUACAGCAGGAGGUUCUUGACCAGUGACAUCGAUGGAGACAUCAAGAAGCUCCUCAGCAAGAUCAACUAAAGAGAUCCUCAAGUUUAACCAUCCUACAGCUCACUUUUGUACCAGCCUUUAUCAGCAGUGUGUGUAACCUUUGCUUUGUAAAGGAAACGCCAUGCUUUUUCCCUCCAUAGUUACUGUAGAUGGUGUAUGACACUUUGAACAGCACCUGUGCUCUCUUGUAUGGUGAUGACUGUGUUGUGCUCUUUUACUAUGUGAAGACAUCUUCUGAAACCAGGUUGUGAGGAAGGUGUCUGAUGAAAUGUAAAAGGCCUAACGUUUCAGCUACAUCAGCUGCAUGUAAAGCACAGCUGUGAUGAUUGAUGAGGACCAAUAAAUCUAAGUUUUCAUUCC